UUUGUUUUUGUUGCGCGCGGUUGUGCCUUCGCCUUGUAUGUAUAGCAGCAGCAGAAACAGCAGCGCCGGUCUGAGCGAGAGAGACUGACGCCCGUGUGCAUGCAUGCGAAAGGAAAAACGCUCACUUGGAUGCAAUUUUCAUUAGUGAGAAAAUUGUGAGAACCUACGAAAGGAAAGAAAAUAAAAAUAAAAAAAAAGCAAAAACAAAACGAAAAGAAAAACAUUCCAGACAGUACAAUUGCAACACGACGAAAUUGACAAUACAAUUGCGCAGAUAGUUGUAGAUCCCAGGGUCCAGAAGAGACUGUGCCAUACGAAAGGGGCACAGAGACUGUGUGUGUGUGUGUGUGUGUGGCGUGUGGUGUGUGGUGUGUGGUGUGUAACAACAACAACAACAAUUGCAGCGCAGUCGAACAACAACUAAAAUGCGGCGGCAGUCAACGAUGCUGGCCGCGAUAUUACUGGCUGCCAUUUUAGGCAGCACAACGGCAAUGAACAAUUCCCCGCCGCGGAUCAUCAAACAGCCCCCCACAGAUGAGCUGCUUUUCAAGGUGGCGCAACAGAACAAAGAGAGCGACAAGCCAUUCAUUAUCGAGUGCGAGGCCGAUGGACAACCGGAACCGGAAUAUAGAUGGAUCAAGAACGGCAAGAAGUUUGACUGGCAGGCGUACGACAAUCGUAUGCUGCGCCAGCCAGGACGUGGCACACUGGUGAUCACAUCACCCAAAGAUGAGGAUCUGGGACAGUAUCAGUGCUUUGCCUCCAAUGAGUUUGGCGUUGCCACAUCGAAUUCGGUGUUUGUGCGAAAGGCGGAGCUGAAUGCGUUCAAGGACGAGGCAGCCCGCAGCGUUGAGGCCGUCGAGGGUGAACCAUUCUCGCUGCAGUGCGAGGCGCCCGAUGGCUGGCCAAAGCCCACUGUCAACUGGCUGAUACAGCAGACCAUCGAUGCGGGCAUUAAGUCGAUCAACAAUUCACGCAUGACCCUCGACCCGGAGGGCACACUCUGGUUCUCCAAUGUGACACGCGAUGAUGCCAGCGGCGAUUUCUGGUAUGCCUGCUCGGCAACGUCAGUGUUCCGCAACGAGUACAAGAUCGGCAAUAAGAUACUGUUGGACGUCAAGCAGAUGGGCGUGAGUGCAUCCCAGAAUCGUUAUCCGCCCAAGCGUCAGUAUGUGACCCGCAAGAACGAGGUGGCGCUGCGCGGCAAACGUGUCGAACUGUUUUGCAUUUAUGGCGGCACACCGUUGCCGCAAACCGUCUGGUACAAGGAUGGAAAACGGGUGGAAUGGAACGAUCGCAUUACCCAAGGCAAUUAUGGUAAAUCUCUGGUGAUUAGGCAGGCCAAUUUCGACGAUGAGGGCACCUACAACUGUGACGUUUCCAAUGGUGUGGACCAGGCGCAAUCCUAUUCGAUCAAUUUGAAAAUUCAUGCCAUACCCUACUUCACCGAGGAGCCGGAGAUACAAAAUGCCGCCGAGGAUGAGGAGGUCAUAUUCAAUUGCAAGGCCGCCGGACAUCCGGAGCCGACCAUUCAAUGGAUACACAAUGGCAAGCCGAUUGCGCAAAGCGAACCAAAUCCUCGACGCACCGUUACCAACAACUACAUUAAGAUCGUGAAUCUGGUAAAGAAGGACACGGGCAAUUAUGGCUGCAACGCCACAAAUUCCCUUGGCUAUGUCUACAAGGAUGUGUACCUAAAUGUGCUCGCACUGCCCCCAGAGAUCCAGGAGCCACCACGUGCCGAGGCCACCGUCAACGGACGCAACAUCACAAUGCGUUGUCGCGUCUUUGGUGCACCCAAGCCCCAGGUGAAAUGGCGCCACAAUAAUAACUGGCUGACCGGUGGUCGUUACAAUGUGCUGCCAUCGGGCGAUCUGGAGAUACAGGAGGUGACCUUCGCUGACAACGGCAACUACACCUGUUUGGCGGUCAACAAGUUUGGCAAUGCGACGGCCGAGGGUUCACUGGUGGUAAAGGAGCGCACCAGGAUAACACAGGAGCCGCAAAACUAUGAGGUCGCCGCCGGCCAAUCGGCCACAUUCCGUUGCAACGAAGCGCACGAUGACACCUUGGACCUGGAGAUCGAAUGGCUAAAGGAUGGCCAACCGAUUGAUUUUGAUGCAGAGGCACGAUUUGUCAAGACCAACGACAAUUCGCUGACAAUUGCCAAAACCAUGGAACUGGAUUCGGGCGAAUACACGUGCGUUGCGCGCACUCAACUGGACGAGGCCACGGCCAAGGCAAAUCUUAUAGUGCAGGAUGUGCCGAAUGCGCCCCGUUUGAUAGGCAUCAUAUGCCAAGCCGAUAAGGCAAAGAUCUCCUGGGAGCCACAGGGUGAUAAUCGCUCGCCCAUUCUACACUACACGAUCCAGUUCAAUACCUCGUUCACGCCCGCCUCCUGGGAUACGGCAUACGAGAAGGUGCCCAGCACAGACUUCUCAUUUGUACUGCAAAUGUCGCCGUGGGCCAACUAUACGUACCGUGUGAUUGCUUUCAACAAGAUCGGCCCAUCGCCGCCGUCGGGGCAUAGCGAGGCGUGCACCACACAGCCGGAUGUGCCGUACAAGAAUCCGGACAACGUUGUCGGCCAGGGCACAGAGCCAACUAAUUUGGUCAUCACAUGGACACCGAUGCCGGAGAUUGAACACAAUGCUCCCAACUUCCAAUAUCGUGUCAGCUGGAAGCGUGACAUACCCGCUGCGACCUGGGAGAACAAGGAUAUCUAUGAUUGGCGCCAGAACAAUCUGCUGAUUCCCGAUCAGCCGACAUUCGUCAAAUAUCACAUCAAGGUGGUGGCCAUCAAUGAGCGCGGUGAAUCGAAUGUUGACGCGGAGGAGGUGAUCGGCUACUCUGGCGAGGACCGUCCCCUCGAGGCACCCACUAACUUCAGCAUGCAGCAAGUAACCAGUGCGACCCAUGCCUAUGUCGGCUGGAAUCCAGUUAGCCCGGAAUCGGUGCGCGGCCAUUUCAAGGGCUACAAGAUCCAAACCUGGACGGACAAGGAGGGCGAAGAGGGGCUCCGUGAAAUACACACAAUCCAGAACGGUGCGCUCGUCACACAAUUCAAGCCCGACUCCAAGAACUAUGCCCGCGUCCUGGCUUACAAUGGUCGCUUCAAUGGACCGCCCAGCGCUGUGAUUGACUUUGACACGCCCGAGGGUGUGCCGUCAUCAGUGCAAUCUCUGGAGGCUUAUCCGCUGGGCUCAUCAGCCUUCUGGCUAACCUGGAAGAAGCCGCUCAAUCCCAAUGGCAAGCUGACUGGCUACAAAAUCUACUAUGAGGUGGUCAAGGGCAGCUAUGUGGGCGAACGACGCGAAUAUGAACCCCAUAUCACCGAUCCUCGCAUUACACGCAUGAAAAUGGCCGGUCUGAAACCGAAGACCAAGUAUCGCAUCUCCAUCACAGCCACAACCAAAAUGGGCGAGGGCACCGAGCAUUACAUCGAGAAGACCACACUGGGCGAAGAUGUUGAGCCGCCAUCCACACCAUCCCUAACAUGGGAGCCGAUCCAGUCGCCGAAUGGUCAACCCACCUACCGUAUAAAUUGGGUGCCCAGCACUGAUGGCCGUUCGGGCUCACACUUCUUCACCAAGUACAGAAUCAAGGGCGAAACGGAAUGGAUUAACAAAGAACCCGAGAAAUCAGUCGACUAUCAAGAGGUGGGCAGCCUCGAUCCGGAUACAGUUUACGAGUUCCGCGUUGUGUCCGUCGAUGGACAUUAUCACACGGAGAGCGCCACACACGAAAUUGAUACGAACAGCGCCGAGGGACCGAUAAUGGUGCGCAACGAGACUCUGGCGAAUGCCGGCUGGUUCAUUGGCAUGAUGUUGGCUCUGGCCAUCAUCAUAAUCCUGUUUAUCAUCAUUUGCAUUAUACGUCGCAAUCGUGGUGGCAAAUAUGAUGUGCACGAUCGCGAGCUGGCCAAUGGCAGGCGCGAUUAUCCGGAUGAGGGCGGUUUUCACGAGUACUCGCAACCUUUGGACAACAAGAGCGCUGGUCGCCAAUCCGUUAGUUCAGCGAAUAAGCCCGGCGUGGAGAGCGAUACCGAUUCGAUGGCCGAAUACGGCGAUGGCGAUACAGCUGUGACCACAGCCGCCGGUCAUGCUGCCACCGCUGCGCGCAAGGCAUGAACGAAGAUGGUUCCUUUAUUGGUCAAUAUGGACGCAAAGGACUUUGAUUUAAUUUGUAAGCAGCGCGGCUUCCACAGCAGCAACAAAUAAACCGAACCGAUUCGAACCGAGCCCCUCCACUACAACAACAACAACAACAACAACAAACAUCCACAACAACAAUUACAUCAACAGCGCCCAAAAUUCUAAUUGAAAAUCAAAGUUUUUUUUUAAGUUAAUUUUUAGUGCGACGAGUUCAUUUUCAACAUGAAAGCGAAUAUUUUUUAUAAAGUAACUAAAACUAGAACUAAACAAAACAAAAUUAAAAAAAAAAAAUGAUACUGCCAAGCAAAAACGAGAAAAAGAACAAAGAACAACAACGAUGCAGCAAAAAGGCUAUUAUAACAAAACAAGAAAGAAAAAAAAGCAACAAACAAAAAACAUAUUCUGGCGCCUUGGCUUAAUCAAGGAUCACCGUCGCCGAAGGGGGGGUGGAGCAGUGGCAGAGAACCAAGAAUGCUUAACUCCAAGCCCA